CCUACGUAGCAUUCUCCCUAAUUCGAACUUGAGACGUAGUGGUAGUACCAAAUGUUGUGUGCGAUCCAUACCUCCAACUACGUUGAUUGGCCUGUCGGAAAUCACCAUAGCAAACAAUCCAACACCUUUCCCAUUAAAAUCUCUCUUAACCAACUUUUUCUCCUCAUCCAUUUCCUUUGGAAAAAAACAGAGAUCGAGCUUCAGCAGCGCUCCCGGAGGAGCAAAAACAAGUCCAGAUCAGUCACACGGACGCAGCUCACUCUCAAACCACACUGACUCGGAGCAUUCACUCACUCACACGGAGCUCCUAAUGCCAAUACUUUGAUACUUAGAAAACGAAACACAGUUGAAUCAAAUAGGACAUCUGCAAAGACGUUAUAGACAGUAAAAACGUCCAGUCAGGUGGUUGUCUGCCAAUCAAACAGGUCCACAAUUUCACAUAGCAGCAGACUCGUUUAUGGCAAAAUGCAAAAAACGACCGUUAUUCUUGGAAGAACAAGGACCAUGUAUAACAAAUUCUACACAACUAACAUCUCGACUGCCAAUAAAGACGCAUACGACCUUGUCUCUUACUAUUUCUCCCUUCUACACUCCUCCGCCAACGCCAGACAUCUUGGUAGUCUCCACACUCGACUGCUUCGAACAGGUCUCUAUGGGAACGUCAUCCUUAGCUCCAAGCUCGUUAUGAUGUACUCCAAACACAACAAUCUCUCUUGUUCUCUAUCAGUCUUCCUCCACAUGCCCCAUCGAAACAUCUACUCAUGGAACAUCAUAAUCGGAGAAUUUUCUCGGUCGGGAGAUCCUGAGCAAGCCAUACGACUGUUUGUUCUAAUGCGGAACUCGGACGUUCAACCGGAUGUAUUCACUUUCCCUCUUGUUCUCAGGGCCUGCGCUAGCUCCGGGGCUAUCUGUUGGGGUGCGUCAGUACAUGGGUUGUGUGCGAGGAUGGGGAUGGAGAGGAACGUGUUUGUUGCUUCGGCAUUGGUUUUCUUUUAUGUUACGCUGGCGAGAAUUUUGGAAGCUAGAAGACUGUUUGAUGAAAUGCCUCAACGAGAUGCAGUGCUUUGGACAGCUAUGCUGGCUGGGUACGCACAGCAUGGGGAACCAAUGCUGGGUUUAGCCGUAUUUAGAGAAAUGGUCGGUGAAGGAAUUGGGCUUGAUGGGGUGGUCAUGGUCAGCUUACUUUUGAUCUGUGGACAGUUAGGGUUGUUGAGACAUGGAAAGAGUGUGCAUGGGUGGAUUAUAAGGAGGUGUUUGUGUUUGGGUUUGAGUUUGGGGAAUGCUCUUAUGGACAUGUACGUUAAAUCUGCAGUUCUUAGUUAUGCACACAGAAUUUUUCAUAAAAUGCCUGAAAGAGAUGUGAUUUCUUGGAGCUCGAUGAUCUUAGGGUAUGGGUUAAACGGAGGUGUCCAAAUUGCCUUCGAGCUUUUUGAUCGAAUGGUUAUGGAAGGAGUCAAGCCGAAUGACGUGACCUUUCUUGGGGUCUUGUCUGCAUGUGCACAUUCUGGGAUGGUGAGUAGAGCACGGACUUUUUUCAAUAUGAUGGAGGAUUACAAAGUCGUGCCUGAGCUGAAGCAUUACGCUUGCAUGGUUGAUUGUUUAGGGAGAGCAGGGCUUCUAGGAGAGGCGGAGAAGUUUAUAGAAAAUAUGCCAGUGGAGCCUGAUGAGGCUGUAAUGGGUGCUCUUUUGAGUGGGUGUCGAGUACACAACAACGUUGAGGUGGGGGAAAGAAUUGCAAAGAAACUAUUGAUGUUGAAGCCACAGAACGCUGGAUAUUAUGUCCUUCUGGCCAACAUAUAUGCAGCUGCAGGUAGGUUUGAUGAUGCGGAGCAGGUGAGGAGCUUUAUGAAACAAAGGAAUAUGACUAAGGUACCUGGAUGUAGCAUGACUGAAUCAGAUAGCUUUUUCCUCUUUCAUGAAUAAAGUUUUGGUUCAAAGAUGAUUAUAAGAAAGUCUUAUAAGAGAAAAAUGGAAAAGUCACAGAAGCAGUUUGUGGAACUACUGGCAAUUCUUCCAUGCAUGGUUCAUUGUUAUGCUUUGAAAUGAAAUUUGGUAGAAAGAGAGAGAAAAAUGAUUUGUAGUUUCUCCCUUUUUGCAUAUAAAGUGCAUGAGAUCCAUGGAAAAAACAGUUUUCUGGGGUUUGGUUGUAUAAAAUUUAUCAGGGUAGGAAAAUGGCAUCAUCUUUUUGGGUAAGUAAUCUUUCAUUACCAGUUGGGGUUCCAAAUUUAUGUAACUGAUUUAAUUUCUCUCAACACUUUAUGAUUUGUAAUGGCAGCUUUAUUAGUAAGAAAUACAAAAGAGGACGAGAA